AUGAGCAAGCUCCUGCGCCGCAUCUCGACCACCGCCAGCGACCGCCCGCCGUCGUACCGCUCGACCGACGACCCUCCCUCUCCUCCUCCCGCCGCCGACUCGGACGCCGUUCCCCCACCCUUUACCGAGUUUCCGUCGCUGUACCAGGUCGGGCGGUACCGCGUCAAGCCCUGGGUCGAAGUCGACGACAUCAAGGCCCACCUCGUCCUCCUCGGCGCCUUCCGCAAGCUGCGCGACGACGUCGAGGCGACCAAGCCUCGAGCCGAGUGGCCGCCCAACCUCGAGCCCAAGGCGCUGUGGGCCGUCUUCGUCCAGGUCGCCGUCUAUCGCUUCGAGGUCGUCGUCCACGCACUCGAGACGUCGGCGAGGGCCCUCGGCGCAGUGACGCUGCCCGUCGACGUCGCCCUCGUUCUUCACGCCUACCUCCUCAACCCGCUACGCUAUGACGAGGAUUGCGUGCGGCGAGCCGGCAACCGGUCGUUCAAGAUGCCCAACGGCGAGGCGCUCGAAGCAGUUGCACGAUCGAUCGACCUGGCGACCCUGACGCAGCGCGAGCCGUCGUCGUCCAACCUCGAGCGCUGGCGCAAGCUCACGGACCUCCCUUUCGACCCUUUCGAGUCGUUCCGCACGUCGACGGGCCGCCGCCUGCGCCACUUCCGCGAGCUCAAGGAGCUCGUCGUUCUCUGGGUCACGGCCGACGGCACCGGCUACGCGCAGCAGGGCUUCAAAGCCGCAGGCCCGAAUGGCCUCGAGCUCACGCACGAGGCGCUCGGCGUCGCCAAGUUCGUCCACGACUACGUCACGUCGAGCAACGAGGUCCAGGUGCCCGUCUCGAACAACAUCAAGGUCAUCGCCGGUACCGUGACGACGUCGACCGUGGCACCCGAGAGCACCGCCACCUCGGUUCGUGCCCUGUGGGUCCGCGACCGCCUCAUGAAGCACCUCAAGGACGUCUCGACGCCGCUCGAGCUCGGCGAGCGCCUCGGCUGGAGCCAGGACGGGCUGCGCAAGAUGCUGCGCCAGGUGCUUAAUGGGAGGGAGCGAGGCGUCAACAACAUCGCGUCGUGCUACACUCGCGGCGAGCCGUUCUCGCUCGAUCUCGGCAUGGCGGUCUUGCGGCAGGGCAGCUUCGUCGACAAGAUGUGCGACCUUGGGUGGACCCGGCCCGAGCGCUUCGCCGCCGACGACAUCCUCCUCAAGCGCUGCAUCGCGCGGUACCACGCCUUUAUCGACCUCAUGGCGAGCUCGCCAUCGUCCUUCUGCGUCCCGACCCUCGACAUCGACCUCGCCUGGCACACGCACCAGCUCAAGUCGUCGUACAAGCUCGACACGGCCUUGGCGACGGGCCGCUUCAUCGACCACGACGACAAGGUCGAGGAGGGCGCGCUCGCGACGGGCUUUGACGUGACGGCUCGAGCGUGGAAGAGUCGGUUUGGCGUCCCCUACUCGACCUGCGGCUGUCCUCUUCCCUCGCAACCUCCCCUUUCGCGCCUAUCGGCCAAGCUCGGCCUCUCGUCCUCUGCGCCCGCCUCGUACCCGCCCGGCGCCCUCAUCACACUCGCGCCCUCGUGCGACGACGCCGACGCGACGCACCCCUCGGCGCACAACGCGCUCGUGCUGCCCGACCACCCGCAGGCGCAGCGCAAGCGCGCCGCCCGGGCCGCCGAGCUCGACGCGCGCCGCAGGAGGGACGACAAGGCGGGGCGCAAGGCGCAGGCGGCGAGGGGCAAGAAGGGCGAGGCGCUGCCGGCGUACGAGAAGCGACGUGAGGGGCAGAGGGACGGGCACGCCUAUGCGUUCCUCGCUCCGAUGCCGCUCGUGCCGCUCUACUACGGGCCGAUGGGCUACCCGGCGUCGGCGGCCGGCUGCGCGACGACCGACGGCAACCAUGCCUCGGCGCAAGGCGGUGCGGCGUGCGGCGGCGGGUCUGCUGGCGCAGGAGCGUGCGGCGCAGGCGGGAUCGGCGGGUGCGGCAGCUCGGGAGGGUGCGGCGGCGGCGGCAGCGUGUGCGGCGGCGGUGGAGGAGGGUUCGGUGGCUGCGGAGGAGGAGGAGGUGGAGGAGGAGGCUGUGGUGGAGGAGGAGGCGGUGGAGGAUGCGGCGGCGGUGGUGGCGGCUCGUGACGAGGUCGUUCUCUUGGUGUACGGGCUCCCAUUCUCUCUUCCCGUCCCUCCUUGUACACUCUAUCUCUGUGUCGUACUCUCCUGCCGUCUGUAAUGUCGUACCGUCACUGUUCGCGCUCGU